UCAGGUUCUACCUGGCAAAUGCUGGGCUGGGCGGAGGGUCUGCUGCAGAGAGCUCUGGGGGCCACCCUGCCUGCCUGCCUGCCUCCUUCCUUGCUUGGGGCCUCCCUGCCAGCCUACUCCAGUUCAGGCUUCACUGGGGCCUACACGGAGGCCUCCCUGCAAGCCCCGCCACCCGCCGGUCAGCUGAGAGGCGCCCGGGAGGCAAGCAGCUCUUCCUUGGCAGCUGGUCUGGUGCCUCGAUUGCCGGCCGGGAGGACAAGCAGGAGAGAGGCGGGCAAGCAGGUGACUUCCAGCCACAGGAGAUUAACGAAAAGCGCUCCGUGACCGAAACCAGCAAAUGGUCACUGAAGUCAAUCUCGGACGGCUCCAGGAUCCAGCAUGUCAACAGUGGGAACGGGAUCCUGGAUGAAGCGGUUGCCAGCAGUUCCCAGAGGAGUGUCUUCACGGUUGAGGACGAUGGGUGGUUCCUGCAGACCAUUGCCACCGCAUGGUCUUGUGAGGGUGCCGACAUCGAAGAGGCCGAGAUCCCAGAGGUCAACACAAGGGAUCAGGAGCUGGACGUGGAGAGUUUCAUCAGUUCCCAGAGCGUCCAGAGGACAAGCACCGUGCAGAGGAGGCUGCACAACACUGCUGCUGACGAAGAACCAUCCCUUGGAGAGAGUUCUUCCUUCCCGGGGGCCGAGACUCCGCAAGCCAGCGUGGAGGACGAGGGGUCGGAAGGGGACGGUGACACCAGUUCCCCCAGAGUCCCAAAGCCAAAGAAGUGGCUAAUCAAGAGGCUGCUGAACACUGAAGUGGUGGAAGACUCGUCCUCGGCAGAGUGCUCCUCUACGGACGAGGAUGACACCAUGUAUGAGGUGAGCAGCAUCGAGGAUGAGGUGUGGGACUCUCCACCGGCCCCCGGUUCAGCCAGGAACAUCAGCGGCGGCGAAGAAGGAAGAGGACAGCUGGCCCCAGACUGGUUCUCCUCGGUCCAUCUGGGAGAGGGGAGAGCAACAAAGAAGAUCGGGGACGUCAUCCGGUGCGUGGAGUGUGCCAGUGAGGUGGAGGAGAGGUUCCCCGAACUCCUGGUGGGCCUGGUGAACAAGAUCCUCACCGGCCUGCAGAACACCACCGAGGGAGUGGGGAACCGGGAGAGCCAAGACCUGCCUCCUGCGGAGACCUCGCAGAUUGUCCAGACCCUGCUGGAGAGGGUGGCACAGGUGACCCCAGAGAAGACCUGCUGGGAAUCCCUGUGCUCUCCGCAGAGCUGCCUCCAGGGUGUGGCCCUCUUGGUGAGGGCUCUCCUACAGACACCAUCCUCCACAGUGGCCAGGCUGAAGGCAUACCUGGCUUCCCUCUUCAGCCUGGACAAAGAUCCAGAACAGCAUUCCCUCGCAGAGGUGGCCUUCUUUGUGGAGCUGCUCCUGAAAGACAAAGACUUCGCCGCCUUGGAGAAGACUUGGACGCUCCUGGUAGCGUGGCUAGUCCACCCCAGCCAGAACAUCCGCUACCUGAGCGAAAGGGGACUUCUCCAAAUGUAUGGAAAGCUGAAGGCGGCAAAGAAACCCCAGGAUUUUAGUGCCGGGAUUCUGGGAGGGCUCAGGACCUCCAGUCUGGAAGCCACUUUGGGGGUCCUGGCCUUCAUGGAGCGGCUGAGGCACUGCCCAUCGGAACAUCAGGCCACCGUGAAUGCUGCCCUGGCUGCCCUGUGCCGCCCUCUCUUCCACCACGAGGAGGCUAAGAUCCGAAGGGCAGCCAUGAAGACCCAUCUGGAUCUCCUGCAGCACCGCCACCACCAUCAUGAGGGUACAGAAGAGAACAUCACGACCCUCAUCGCGGUGCUGAUGCACGUGGAGGAUGAGGACCUGGAGGUAGCACAGGCUGCAAAGGACAAUCUGAGCCUCCUGGCAGAAGCCCUCCUAUGGCACCUGGAGGGCAGGCUGCUGGCGCGGGACUCUUACAGCCUGCAGGAGCUGCUGCACAAGAUCGCCAAGCGUCUGAUUCGGCAGCUCGGCACAGAGGACGCCGUGGAGAUGGAGGCCACCAAGAUCCUGGGCUUCUUCCGCAGCGAGCAGCCUUCAGUGAGGAGAACAGCUGCCCUGCUGAUCGGUCACCUGGUCCACAAAAAGGGCAGCAUCCUCACUGAAGGGAACAUAGAGACCUUCCAUGCUGCGCUGGAGAGCUUGCUUGGCGACCAUGACCCCGAGGUCGGGAGAGUUGCCUGCAAGACGGAGAAGAUCGUGAAGAAGGCCUUUUCCCUCCACUCCCGGCACGGGUUGCGGGCUGCCGUUCGGCGCUUGUGGGCAGGCUGUAAGAAGAAGAGACACCCGCCAGAGUACGGUGAUCUCUCCACCUGACCGACUGGAACAACAGCCCCGUGCUCUCCCCUGGAAGAUCAGCAGCUGAAGGGAGACUGAAGAAACACCAUGCAGCGCAGUGGAUGCGGACCAGCCAGAAGACCUCCUCCAACCCCGUGGAUAGAAAGAGCUGUCCACAAGACGGCAGCAGGGAAGUGCAGUUCUGUCUGAGGAGUGAGGGGGAAGCAGGCUCCACUCCCCUGGCCCAAGGAAGCCCCGCCUCUGGGGUGCAGAAGCCCCUCCCCUUGCCUCUGCUGCAGGCUGUGGGAGGAGGCUACAGGACCACCCUGCCCCCAAGUGGCCCUUGGGAACCAUUCUUGGGCUCUCCUUGGGUCCGGGGAGGCUGUGUGGCCCCAGCAGGAGGGCAAGGUCACCGCCUCCCUCCAUUUCCACCAGCUGGCCGGGGAGCGCCCCCUCCUCCUUCCACCUUUCUCCCCUUCCCCAGCGGCCUGGCUUCCCCUGGCAGGGGAAGCACCAUCCAGGCAUCCGCCCCCUCCCCUGCCGAGGGUGUGCUCCUCCCCCCUCCCCUCCCGCAGCCACGCCUCCCUCCCCCCUCCGCUCCCUCCUCCCCCCUCCCAAACCGGGGCAGCAGCAGAGGAGCCCGGGAGACUCUGGGGGCCCCCUGCAGCCCCAGUCGCGCCCCCUGGUGCUGCCCGGUGGCAGGCCAGAGAACCCUCCUCUCCCUCCCGCUCCCUGCUGUGUAGCACCUGAUGAGGCGUCCAGCGGCAGGCCUCCCCUCCCAGGCCUCCCCAAGUCUGGGGCGCAUCCCCUCCCCUCCCCUCCCUGUUACACCAAAGGGGCUCCUCCUUCUCCACCCCAGAGGGGAGGGGGCAAGGGAGGCAUCAGCCACCAGGUCUGCCGAGGAGGCCGAGGGAGGGUGCUUGGGCCAGGCUGGACGAUGCCUCGACCUCCCGCUGCCUCACUCACCCCUGCUCCCUUCCAUCUGCUCUGGGCAAGCGAGCAGCCCCUCUUGCUCCAGCGGGCAGGGGGGAGUGAGCAGAAGAUCCUCUUCGGAGCGGGGCGGGAGGUGUGGCCAUGACACCGUCCCUUGCUGCACAGUGGGGAGCCCGAGGUCGAGAAGAAUUCUCUGGCUUGCCCCCCCCCCCCCGUCAACCCCCACCCCACUGCCCAAUCCCCGCUUGCUGGGCUGCUGGAGCGGAAAGGGAGGAGGAGCAGGGCAACCCCACUGACGCUGCUUUGUGCUUCUUGCAGGCAUGUGCUGCUGCUGGGCGGCUGGAGGAGUCAGUCGAUCCGCCCCAGAAGAGGAGACCAAGUGAACGUGCCUGCAAGGAGCUGGGUGGGGUGGGGUGGGGGGCUGGCUGGCUGGGACUCCCCCCAAUUUUGUUUGCCCUCCCAUUCCCUUUGUGACCCUGGGCUUCCUUCCCUCCCUCCCAGGGGCAGAAUGGGCUUUGCUGGUCGCCCUGUUGGGGGUCGAGUAGGAAUUUUUGGCUUUCCAACAGAUUGGCCGAGAUGGAAAGCUUUUUUGCCUACUCCAUUCUGCCCUGUUUUGUUUCCUUUAGUUAGAAAGUUAAGUGACGACUUGUGACCUAAUUGAGUAUCUUAAUAAAGUUGCCCCUUUUGUUAGCA